CGCUUUUCUAUUUCCGUCAACGAAAAAGUGAAAAACAAAAGUGGUGUGACGAGGUCAAAGGCCAGUCGAAGAUCUAAAGUCGACGUGGCACGCCUCUUUUACAACAGGAGAACUCCAGCAAGCGAAGACAUGUCAGGCAAUCACUACGUAGAGAGAUGAAACAGGUAGCCCCAUGCAAGUGAUCACUACGAUCAGAGCGCGCGGGCAGGAAGCAUGGAGUUGCCGCCUCUGGACCGGAAAGGGGAUGCCGACCCUGUUACGCGCAUCGAUUCGGUGCGCUCGUCAUCGUGCAACUUGGUGACUUCCAGUUUUCGACCUAACCCGCGCGCUCAUACACCAAGCGAAGUAGCUACUAGACUUUCUGGUUAGGUGACAUUUGAUUUGUGUUCAAUUAGCAUGUGAAGAUGGUGAAGUAUUCAGCAGUCCGGCGAGGCUAUCCAAAGAGCUACUUCAGGCCAGAAGUCUCUCCAGAAAAAUGGACCAAGAGUUAUGCAGAUUUAGUCUCCGAACCUUUCAGCGAUCACUACGGUGCUCGUCCUGGAAGGGCAUCAGCAAGUAACUCAGAGAAGCCAUAUAGAGCAGGGAGAUCGACUUCUCAGAAAAAUGAUUUUGCGGGUCGGGGUGCUGCAUUCUAUUACACCAGUUGGAAUCUAGGUGACGACCCAUCAUACAUUGCUGGGAAGAGAUGGCAGGGAUCAGAGACCAAGUUGUCUUACAAGGAGUGGAAGGAUUUCCCAAAGCGUGCGAUUGCACCAUCGAUAACGAAGUCAAAUGUACAGAUCGGCUUCACGAGCAAUGACAUGCGGUCAACCAAACAGAUGGAUUAUGAGCCUGUUGCGCGAUACACGGGGGUAAAGAUGAGGACCCCGAUCCGCUCUGCCGAGCUGGUGGCGUUCACGAAGCUUGGGACAGAGCCCUUUCAUUCCGAAACCACCAACAAAGAAUUUCAGGUGGACAUUCUCAAAAGUUGGCUUUGUUAAGUUUGUUUUGCUUUUUUUUUUUUUCCAUUUUUCACUUUUUUCUACAGAAUUUCAGAUGUCAUCUCCUCCUCUAUGUAGCCGCAUCAUCUUUUCCAAUGCUCCAUUUCACUUGUCCUCCAAUGUUAUGUCCUUUGACUCUGUUGCAAUCAUCUGGCUUUAUGCAAGGCUUAGGCUUGAUCCAAGAAUUGGACUCUGUAACGACCCGCCAAAAACACAGACUGAGAACACUGCUGAUUUCUGGGAUUUGCCGCUGGAAUGAAUGCCUUGCUGAAAU